AUGUCAUCCUGCUUGCUUCCCACGAUUCAAAUCCUCCAACCUUCCACCACAAAUCCCAUUCUCAGACUAAAAUCCACCCUCUCCAAACCGCAACCUCAAUCUCAACCCCAUCAAAGUCCAAACCAGCCUCAACGGAGGAAGAAGUCCUACCCUACAGGAUCCAGCACCUCGAGACUCAGCAAGAUGCGCCUCUCGCUCCUCCGCAACCCAGCUGUCCUCUCCCUCCUCGGGCUCAGCAGCGCGCAAAGCACAUCCUCAUGGGGCGAGCCCUUCAAUGUAGACGUGUCGACCGAGAACCUCCUGCCCAGCUCGCAGCAGGCGCUGACCAACAUUGUCGGCACAAACACGCCCGCCACGACGGGACUGGCGCCUGCCGUGCCCAUUACAGGUGGAUUUAGCACGACGAUUCCGACCGAGUUGAGGACCAUGAGCACGGGGACCCCGACGGGUGUUGUCACAGUCUCGAGCUCCGUGACGGGGAGUGCGGCGAGCGCAAGUGCAAGUGCGAGUGCAAGUGCAAGUGCAAGUCGUAGCUCCAGUGCAAGUGCGAGUGCGGCUAGUUCGAGGGCAAGUUCGAGCGGCAGCGGAGCAGCGAAACAAAGCACGGCCGCAGCAGCGCCAGUGGGCAUCCAGGGCCAGCAGAAGAUGAUGGGCGUUGCAGGCGCGUUGGCGGGCGCUGCUGGCGUGCUGUUCGUCUGA